UCUCUUCUCUACUUCACUCCAGCUGAGUGUAUACGCAGAGAACAGCUCUUCAAGCAAAGGUCAAAUCCUAAAUCGAAAGGAUGUUUGUCUUCAACCGAGGAGAUCUGCCUCCGGAUCCUAGUUUUCCUGCGGAUUUGAAGCAACUGGGGUACUUCAUCAACGAUCGAGAUCAGAUUAGAAAGAUCUCAGAUCCGAAGCAGGAGUUCCAGUUCAAGAUCAACAAGAAUGACCGUUGGAACGAGACGCAGAGAGAAGCAAUGAAUGCCUGCAUCCGAGAAAUUGUCUCUCAACGUCUCCGAGCAUCAGGCCUUGUUACCUUGCGACUGCCUCUCUCUUCCAUCUCAACACAACCGCACGUCCCGAUCCUGGUCUCGCCCAAUAUCUGCACUGCAUCACGCAUAAUCGUCGUUUUUGGCGAGAACGUGCAGGACUUGGGGAUUUGGGCCUAUCGCAAGGUGUCUUCGGAUGGUAUCGCAACCGGAUCCGCCGUGUCGUUUGUUAGGGCUGUCCUUGGGCUGGGAAGUGAUAUUGCGGACGCAGCCAGUGCCGCCAAAAAGAUAAGAACGCACAAGACAGCUCUGGUUUUGACAAACCCUGGUCAGUUAAUCUGGCACUGUGGUUCCAGUCAAGCUAUGUCUCUCCAAUCUUGGCUGGCGUUUCCGCGAUCGUCUGCCGUUGAUCCGCCUGAUACGAUGAGCGAUCGAAACAAGAUACCUGGGAACGAAACCUGGCAGGAACAUAUCUAUCAUGUUUUCGAAAGGAUCUUGAAUCCUAAUGGUCGGUUCGUCAGGAAAGAUGCCAAAAUUGACAUCAUUGGUUUGGCAGACGGGGGCUUGGGAGCGAUCCGGUAUUUGGCCGAUGAGUGGGAUUACUGGCGUGGAUCUAUCUCGGCCAUAUGUCUUUCACAUCCUCUCCAUCAUGCUCAAUUUGAGUUGGGCCAACCCGGGGCCGAAUCGCCUCCAUCAGAUUCUUUCCCUUCGUUCGUCUCGUCGCGCUGCCGUGCUUAUGUCCUGUCCGACAAACCGGUUGGUCUGCCGGUUCCUGGAAGCGACGAACAUGUUUGCAAUUGCUACUCACCCGGAGAGGAGUUGAACGUUGAAUGCAUCAUGCCAGCAGCUUGGAAGGAGAUGCUUCAGUGGCUGACAAGGAUGUAUGAGAACCCCGAACUCUGCGAGGAGCAGUUGAAGUUCAAAAAUGAGGAGGAACAGAAGGUCCGAAACGGGGAGGGACAGAAGCUCAAGAAUGGAGUGGGAAAGAAGCUUGACAAUGGAGUGGGGCACAAUUUGAAAAGUGUGUAGACAGAAGAUGGUACAUCCUGGGAUUUAUUGAUAUUGGGCCUCUAGAGACCCGUACUAGAAGGAAUGAUGGAUGGCGAUGUGGCUGAGGGGCCUCGAAGGAUAUGAAGCUGGAAGGGCACAAUAUUGAUAGGCAGAAAGUCAAUAUGAUUAAC